GUCACACGCACAUAGAGACUGAAAGCUCCGUGAAAGCUCCGUGAAGGAAAGCUGUGCCAAAUCCUGCUGCGUGUAGUUUGGCGUGCACGCUGUGGCUGCUUUAAUUGUCGUGAUACAUAUACUAUGCGUGUAUAGGUUAUUUACUUCACAGCAUGGCAGACGACAUCGAGGCCGAGCUCGCAGAGCAGCUCAAUGAGCAGCGCGAGGCGCUGGCUAGCAUUCAGGAGGCAAUCGCAAGCAUUGGAGGCGAUGCAGCGGAGGGCGCCGAGGAGUUGCUGCAGAUGCGCGAAGAGUUGAGCGCCGCGGUGGCGGAGUUGGAGGCGGCUCUGUUGGAUCUGAAGAAGACCCGCAUCCUGCAACAGCUGGCGGCAGCGGCGGCAGCAGACACAUCGACCGGUGGCGCAUCCGCGGCAACAGCAGCAGCAGCAGCAACAGAAGCAACAGCAGUAGCAGGGCCGCAGUCAGGCGCAGCUGGCCGGGAGCAGGUCACGUGGGGGCACGCCGAGGCGGACGGCGGGGCAGACGCCGGCGCGCCGCCGCCGCCUCCCGGGCCGCUGCCGGUGGCCCCGGGAUGCACGUGCCGCUUCCGCUACAUGGACGGCCGCUGGUAUGCGGGCCGUGUGCGGGGCCGCGGCAGGCAGCCGGACACGGUGUCUGUCGCUUUCGAGGUGCCCACUAGGCCCUUCAUGCUGGACCCGGUGGACGUCAUGUGCGCCCUGGUGCAGCCCUACCAGCCCCCACACCACCACCAACACCACCACCAACAACAACAACAACACAAUCAGCAGCAGGCUGGUGGUGGCGGCGGACUUGGCGGGGCCGCAGGCGGCGGCGGCCGCCCGCACGGCAUUGCAGUGGGGCGGCGGGCGCUGGCGCAGCUGCCCGGCUCGCGGCUGUACCUGCCCGUGGAGGUUGUAGCACUGGACUGGGGGCGUGCUACUGCCACCGUGCUGCCGUUGCUACAGCCGGGGGCGGCGGGCGGCGCAGGCGGGGGCGGGGGCGAGGCGGUGGUGCCGCUGGAGCGAGUGGCACGGCACACACAUGCCGACGAGGUGGCGGCGGCGGCAGCGGCGGCAGAGGCGCAGGAGUGCGACCAGGGAGACGGCGGCAGCGAAAGCAGUGACAGCAGUGUCAGUGGGCUGCUGCGGCAGGCCGGCGGCGGCGGCAGUGAGGACAGCGCUUCUGGGUCGGGUGACGAGUAUGGGUACGGCGAUGACGGCGGUGAUGACGACGUGUACGGCAGUGACGAGGGAGGCGGCGGAGGAGCGGAGGACGGCGACGACGGGGAAGGAGGGCUGGACGUGUUUGGGCACGCCAAGGCCGCCGCCGCCGCGGGCGCCCUGGACGACACGGCCCGACUGACGGCGUGGGAGGCGCACGGCCGGGGGGUGGCGUCGCGGCUCAUGGCGCGCAUGGGCUACGUGGCGGGGCGCGGCCUGGGGCGGAGAGGCGAGGGCGUCAUGUCGGCGCCGGAGGUGCUGCUGCUGCCCGAGCGCAAGGGGCUGGGCGCGGUGGACCGGGACCGAGUGCGCCGGGUGGGUGGCGGCAAGCUGGCGGCGGCGGGCGGUGUUGACAAGAAGCGGCGGCGCGGCGGCGCGCGACAGAAGCGCAAGCGGGUCAUUGCGGCGGCGCGGGAGGCGCGGGCGGAGGUGCGGGAGCGCGAGGGCGGCGCGCCGGGCGGCGGCGGCCUGUUCGACUUCAUAAACUCAUCACUAGGCGACUCCUCCGUGGCGGCUCGCAUCCGCAAGGCGCAGACGUCGGUGGUGGGUGGGGGCGCCACCGCGGGGGCGGCCGCCAUUGUGGGCGCCGUCGCGGCUGCGGCGGUCUCCCGCGGCGGCCCGGCUGCGCCACCCGACCGGCGCGGCCUGAUGUCGCACCACGACCAGGUGUCCGGCAUACAGACCAAGCUGGCCCGGCUGCAGGAGAUGCUAGGGCGGCACGCCGGCAACAAGGGCAUGCGGUCGCAGAUAGAGGCGCAGAUGAGGGGCGUGCAGGCGGAGCUGGCAGCGGCGCAGUCGGCGGCCGCGCGUGUGAGCAAGGCGAUUCACGACAAGGACGCACAGAAGAAGUGGAUGAAGUUCUGAGACGGCGCCAAGACGGUGUGCGCAUGGGCCGUGUGCAAACGGCCAUUCGAGCUCGCGGUGUGGGGCAGGUGGCCUGCACCAACAGGCGCAGUGGCGGGGGGGAAGCAUGUGAGGCCGCGGCAAACUGGCACUGCAAUAGGGGCUGCUGCGGAGGCGGUUCACAGGACGGCUAUUGACGUGAGUGUUGGCGUGCGGCAUUCGAUGUCAGCACGAAGCGUUGCCGAGUUUCAUGUCGAGGCUGGGUGAAGGUCGGAUGGCGAAGGCAGCUUGUAAAUCGGGCUCAGG